UUUAAAAAACCCGAAUUAGGAUAAUUUAAAAUUAUUUACUCAAAAGUGUAACCGAAUAAGUAAUUGAAUAGUUCAAUUCUUAAUUUGUCAGGUGUAUAACAAUUAUUGCCUGAAUUUUCUACCCACACCUCUUCUCCCAUCAAGAAGCAAACGAACGGUCACGAUCAUUCUAUGACCCUCCACCUUGCCUAGUCUUCUUCCUCCUUCACUACCCGCCUUUAAAUGGAGCCCUAUUACAGUACAUUUGCAGUACGAUACAACGUAGAACACAGAAUCUUUCUCUCCCUUACGCGCUUCCACGUCGUUUCUUUAACGUAAUUUCUUGGGUUUUUGAAUUUUGCACUUAAAUUUGCUCUUAGGGAAUGAAAACGUUUUCCAAAUUUCUUGACCUGUAUGCUUCUUGAGGAGCUCCGCGCAAUGUGCCUGAGAAAUCUGUGUUCUUUCUUCUUUGUGAUUUUCUGAGAUAAAAGUUUUGUACUGAAUCUUUUUUUUUUUUUUUUUUGUUUUAAAUCAGUGUUUUUGUUUUGCUGAAAUAUGAAUUUAGGGUCCAUUUUCUAAAGAAAGAAUUCGAUUCUUCUAGUAUCAGAUUUAGGCCUGUAAAAAUUGAUUUAAACGAAUUUUAAGCGAAGUUAGAUCCAAAUUGUCGCUAAGCAAGGUGGUACUUGGCAAAUCAAUGUUGGUCAAACAUGCCAAGCAUUAGAGCUCCAGCUGCGAAGAAAACCACGACCCUUACAGUUGCCGUAAAAUGUAGGCCGUCAACGGAGAGAGAACGCGGCCGUGACAUUGUCCGAGUGAUCGACAAUAAGGAGGUGCUUGUGUUGGAUCCCGACUUGACGAAGGACUAUCUUGAUCGCAUACAAAAUCGAACAAAAGAAAAGAAAUAUUGUUUCGAUCACGCAUUUGGUCCUAAUUGUACAAAUGUGGAUGUCUACAAAAAAUGUAUAUCCUCUGUAAUCUCGGGGGUUGUUCAAGGUCUGAACGCAACUGUAUUUGCAUAUGGUUCAACUGGAAGUGGUAAAACAUAUACAAUGGUUGGGACUCAAGAUGAUCCUGGACUCAUGGUUGUCAGUCUGCAUACAAUUUUUGAUCUUAUCAAAUCAGACAAGAGCUCUGAUGAAUUCGAAGUCACUUGCUCCUACCUUGAAGUCUACAAUGAAGUUAUCUACGAUUUGCUCGAAAAAUCAUCUGGUCAUUUGGAGCUUAGAGAGGAUCCCGAGCAGGGAAUUAUUGUUGCUGGGCUGAGAUGUAUCAAGGUUCACUCAGCUGAUAAGAUACUUGAACUUUUGAAUUUGGGGAAUGGUCGACGGAAAACAGAAAGCACAGAGGUUAAUGCAACUUCGUCACGAUCACAUGCAGUUCUAGAGAUUACUGUGAAAAGAAAACAGAGAAAUAAGUAUCGAAAUCAAGUCCUGCGAGGAAAACUUGCACUUGUAGAUCUUGCCGGCAGUGAACGAGCUUCUGAAACAAAUAGUGGGGGCCAAAAGCUAAGAGAUGGAGCGAAUAUCAACCGGUCACUUCUUGCUUUAGCAAACUGCAUAAAUGCAUUGGGGAAACAGCAAAAGAAGGGUCUUGCUUAUGUUCCUUACCGCAAUAGCAAAUUGACACGAAUACUUAAAGAUGGUCUGAGUGGUAAUUCUCAAACUGUCAUGGUUGCUACAGUUUCCCCUGCAGACAUUCAGUAUCAUCACACUGUGAAUACCUUGAAGUAUGCUGACCGGGCAAAAGAAAUAAAGACACACAUUCAGAAAAACAUUGGCACAGUAGAUACCCAUGUAUUAGACUACCAACGGAUGAUUGACAGUCUUCAGAUUGAGGUUUGCCGACUUAAAAAAGAACUAGCUGAAAAGGAAUCACAGCUAAGUGUCAAACCUGCUGAAAAAGCUGCAGACGAUGAGCUGUCUUGGUUGAAUAUAUUGAGUCAUGAAAUCAGUGAAAAUGUUCAGGAGCGAAUAAACUUGCAGAAGGCAUUAUUUGAGCUCGAGGAAACUAACCUUCGUAACCGAACUGAACUCCAACAUCUUGAUGAUGCUAUUGCAAAACAACAGGCCAUUGGAAAAGAUGGAGCAGUUGUGGAUGCUUUAAGAGCAAGACGGCAAGUCAUUCUAGAUAAUGUCCGUGACAAUGACGAAGCUGGUGUCAAUUACCAAAAGGAAAUCGAAUCAAAUGAGAAGCAUCGAUGCCAACUCCAAGAUAUGAUCGAGGAAGCCAUUAGUAACAAUGGCAACAAAACUUACUUGCGCAUUCUCAGUCAAUACAGGAUCCUGGGAAUGGCUAAUACUGAGCUUCAGUUUGAAAUGGCAAUGAGGGAUCAAGUCAUCCACAACCAACGGGAAGCACUAAGAAACAUGUGGAACUUGCUCAUGGGAUUGGGACUUGAUGAGAGACAGAUAUUGGACCUUGCAGCCAAACAGGGAAUAAUGAUUGAAGAUUGGACAGUGACACCAUAUCUUGGUCUUUCUGACAAGAAGCAGUCACCAAAUCCAGCUUCUGGCAGAUUGGAACCCCUCGGAUAUUGUCCGUACACGGGGCAGUCGUUCUUGACAACAUCUUGCAUCUUCCAGCACUGUCAAGACUUUGGUUCAAGAUCAUUUUCCAGGGAGCACUUGGAUUCAGCUUCUACUUUUUGCAGAGAGGAGCACCAUUGCUCGUACUACUUAAUGUCGCAUGAUCACUCCCCAUCAUCACAUGUGAGGCUGAGGAGGAGUAGUGAGCAUUGGGUUGGUGGUAGGCCAAGUCCAUUUUUUGGCAUUCUUAUGAAACAUCCUCAAAAUUUGCGACAUUCGUAUCCAGAGAUAAGAACUCAUUCUUCUCCUUAUGGUGAAAGCCACAUGUCCUCUUCGUCUCACAGUGCUGAUUUUGGCAAUCAGCAUAAGGAUGCAUGGAAUGCUACUAUGUGGCAGCAUUUAUACGAGAGUCCUCAUCUUGGAAUAAGUAGCAGCCAAGAGUUGUACAAAGCAAAAUUGAUGGGCCAUGGUGGGACAACUCAAGGCUUGUUUGGAUGCAACCCACUCGAACAAGGCCCUGGUUUUCUCAGCUCAAAUCGUAUUUCUCAGAACACUAAAUCCUCUAAUAUGUCCCCUUUGCCUUCAUUUGCUUCUAUGGGGCAGAUUUCAUUUGGUUCCCAUAAUCCCGGUACCUAAGGUCACCCUUCCAAUUUUGUAUGGUAGUAUUUUUAAUACUACUCCUUUUUCCACUUCCCCUGCCCAUUUUUUCAUUUUUUUUUUUCCUGCUAAUGUACAGAUAUGUUGUAGACUUGUAGUGUUUGAGCAUGCUCGCUUUUUAAUACGUUUUCUCAGAAUCUGCAGGCGAGUCUUUUUGGUUUCUUAUCUGAAGAAAAGGGGGAGAAAAAAAGGAUUCUGGGUUUUGUUGUGAAUAUAGUCCAGCACUAGGUAGUUGGUAGACUUUCUGACAUGUCGACUUGCUUCCGCGACGUUGUUCCGAUGCUCUGUAAAUAUUUGUGUACAUUUAUUGUCUACUUGGAUUAAUGAAAAGUAGCAGUUCAUAAUUCUA